GCUGGAUAAACCUGAUUAAAUUAGCCUAAUAAUAGUGAUUUAAAGAUGUUUUAAGGGUUUAGGGCUUUAGAGUUAGGGUUUUUUCAACUUCUUCUGAGAGUGGCCCUAGGGUUCAAUGAUUUUGGAUGGCAAUUAGGUUUCCAUAUGGCGGCUAGGGUUUUAGAUUAUCAUCCGAACUCUCCUGCCGCCUUAGAGUAUAUAACUUCCAUUCCGGAUGAAGUCCAGGUUUAUUUUCAGAUUUAUACGUAAAAGUUUUGAACUUUGGUCAUUCCUUUUGCGGUCUCUUUGUAAAAUUCAGUAUCGGUUUUUGAUUUCUUAAUUUGCCUUUUAGGACCGAUAAAGUCAUCUGGGUAUUCUUGGUUUCUCUAUAAGAAUAGGUUUUUAUAGCCCUAAAACCUAUCCUGGUGUUCUUGAUUCUCUGAAUUUUCUUUGAUCAAAGUUCUUAUACAGGUUUGUUAAUUCUUCAGAUCCAUUUUUUCUUUCCUAUUUUCAUUGCCUUUGUCAGUUUUAAGGUUUAUAAUUGAAAGUUCUGUGGUUGGAUCAUUCUUUUUUUCAUAUCAAAUUCAAUUGAUUUCUUAAAUAGAAAUUGUUUUAAUCCCAAAUACCCAUCUGCAUUGUAUGCAGGUGUAUGAAAUUUUAUCAUUGGUUGCCGAUUCAAAUUCAUUCUGGAUUAGCCUGAAUUCUAAUUUUGAUACAUGAUAUCAUUUUUUUUACUCAUUCAUUUUGUUGUUGAUUUUUUACUAAGUUUGCUGAUCGUUGUCUCCUUUCUUUCUGUUUUUUCUUUUAUCAAAUCUCCAUUAGGUUUUCUGAGCAAUACUGAUAGCAGCUAUUUUGCCCAAAGAGUCAUCAUUGAUUAUCUCUUGAAUAAAAACUGAAUUUAUUCCAGGCCUAGAAUUCACAGAUAUGAGUUUUCCUGAUUCCCGUGCUCUGGUUGCGCCACCAUUGCAUCCUUUUCCUGUUGGGGAUGAUGACAUUGGUUCCUGGUCUCAGUUCCCAAUGAACAAUGAAGAAUAUGAGGUGCAUUCACAUUUUGAAUACCCUCCUCACAAGAGGACUAGAAAUUCUGAAGGCCAGAUGCCAAAUUCAUCACCUCACCCAUCCAUGAAUCCAAGGAUACAUCCACCAAAUGCUCCAACCAGUAGAGGGACAAGCAAUAUUUUCUUCAAGACCCGGAUAUGUGCUAAAUUUAAACUGGGUCAAUGCCGGAAUGGUGAGAACUGCAACUUUGCCCAUGGUAUGGAAGAUAUGCGCCAACCUCCACCCAACUGGCAAGAACUUGUUAAUGUUGGUGGCCGUGAAGAAGAACGGGGGACAAAGAUUUGGGAUGAGGACCAGAGGAUAAUUCAUAAGAUGAAGCUGUGCAAGAAGUUCUAUAAUGGUGAAGAAUGUCCAUAUGGGGACAGGUGCAAUUUUCUUCAUGAAGAUCCAAAGAAGUUUAGGGAUGAUUCAGCGAGGCCUAGGGAGAGCUUUGCAAUAAGCAUUGGAACUACAGGGCCUCCAAUGGAGCAUGGAAGUGGUUCUAAUCUUGGUUCUAACCUCAGUUCUAAUCUCAGUUCUAUGAAUUCUGGUUUGGAUCCUUUCAGAGGAAAUGUGAAGCCUACAUAUUGGAAGACAAAGCUUUGCUGUAAGUGGGAAACCACUGGUCACUGCCCUUUCGGGGAGAAAUGUCACUUUGCUCAUGGGCAAGCUGAGCUACAGAUGACUGGUGGUGGUGGUGGUGGUGGUGGCUGGGCUGAAGCUGAAGUGGGGAACACAUGCUCCUUGCCUGCAAAGCUUCCCUCUGUUCCUGCUAAUGUCUCAACUCCUCCUGAGUUGGGUACUGGGGCUCCUAUCAAUCCAGAAAGACAGAACAAGAAGCUAUUACUGCAGUCAAAAGGAUUCAAGAAGAUCAAUCGAAUUUAUGCUGAUUGGAUUGAUGAUCUGCCAUCAUUGAACAACAAAGUGAAGGACUGAGUUCAAGUUAUGCCUGGAAUUUUGCACAUGAGCAUUUAAAAUUUGAUUAAGAAGUUCAAGUUCUGCUUCCAGAUCUUCACAUAUUUGACCAUGAAGGCGGUUCAGAUGCAUGGAGAACUGGAAGAUACAUUCUUCCCUUCUCCCCUUAUCCUUUCAAUCAUUGGGUCAUUGGUGGGUGUUAAUUUGGUCACAUAGGUAUUUCAGUUUUAGAUCUCUUUCCUUGUAAGCCUUCAUUAAUCAAAGAUGUGGUAUAAUUUUUCAAUUUGGAAACAGUAUAGUUUCUAGCUGGAACAUCAAAAUAAGGAAGAAUUGUUGAUAAAAAAUGUGAUAAUCCAAUCCAUGCAAAAUUUGUCUCUUCAAAUUCUCCAUUAUAUAUAAAGUGCCUCAAAAGGACGCACUAGAAUA